CAGACUCUCUUCAUCUGGAAAUCCAUCGUUCAGAAUUCAAUCUUCUAAUUUGCUGCGCUUUCGUAACCUCUUAUUUUGCCUGGCUCUUUCCCUAGCCCACAUACUACCUCCUUGAAAGUAUUUUCAGAAAGGCGGCAGAACAGCGACAAUCAUGGCCGACGCUUCUCACAAACGGGAAUUCAAAAUUCGCGACUUGAGUACCCGAAGUGUUCUACUCUUCCCUACCCGUGCCCAGAUCAUUCGCGAUAUCAAGGACAUUGCCCUUCAGCCGGGACCCAACCAAAUUAUCAUCCAUGGUCUCUCUCCUACUGUUGAUGAGCACUCCAUCAAAGUUGAAGGAUCCGGAGCUGCAACUAUUAGUGAGGUUUCAGUCGAUCUUCUUCCGAAUCGUGAAGUCUAUGAAGAUGUGUAUCCAUCCGAUUCCGAAGAGGAAGAGGAUGAAAACGAUGAGGAAAAUGGACCGCACGAGGAACCAGAAUCUAUGAAGGCCAUCAUGAAUAAGAUCGAGCAGCUGAAUCUGGACCUUCUCGAAGAGAAGGAGAAGAUCGAUUCUGCAGCAUACCGUUUGCAGAUUUGUGACCAUUUCGGGAGCACUGCCUCUGACAAUCACCCUGCGCCUUCUGAUCUUGGAAGCAUCAUCAAAGCCUACACUGAUGAGCGUGCAAAGAUUUCGGUUGAUCGUACCAGGAGCAUCGUCGCAGUGAGGAAGAUUGAGGAGGAAAUCGCCAAGUACGAGAAGGAGAAAGUCAAGCUGAGAAGUGUCCUGGCGAAGGCUCAUUACAAGGAACACAAGGAGAAAACCAAAUUGAGGAUGAAGAAGGCCCGAAAGAUGGCUGAGACUCGGAAAGAACGGCAGCGAAUUAAGGACGAGAGAUCCUCGUUCUGGCCGAAAAAGGUUUAUCGGAUCACCAUCAGCUUGGAGCCUACCAUCCAGACCCCUGGCUCGUCUCGGCCCAGUUCAAUUGAUGGCGACACGAUUGUGAAUCUUGCCACGACCACCUUUCACAACCCUUCCUCAGAGCAUCUUAAGGCCGGAGAAGUCUCCCUUUCGCUGUCAUACAUCACUUAUUCGGCUUCUUGGGCUCCUCGAUAUGACCUCAGCCUCAACUCCUUGAAAUGUACUGGCGUAUUGGAGUAUGGCGCUGAGCUUAAGAACAAUACCUCUGAAACCUGGCGUGAUGCCAAAGUCGUCUUGUCAACAUCACAAACCACAUUCUCUGGACUCAACGAGUCGAUUCCUGUUUUGCAUCCCUGGCAUGUGCGACUUGUGAAAGGUUUGACGGGUACAGAUGGUGCUUUGUUCAGUAAGACAGAACUCGAGGCCAAGAGACAGCAAAGGAUUGAGUCGACUGAAGUCGGACAGAAACCUCGACACGAAAUAUUUGGCAUAGAGAAUUCCCGCGUCCCAGCAUGGGCCGCAUCUAGGCAUCUUUAUGCUGAAGCUGCUUACGACCAAGCUUCAUCUUCCCUCUUCCGUCGAGAGGACCGUUUGCCACAACCAUUCGGCGCUCAGAGUAACUCUAAUGUCCAAGAUAGUCUUUUCGGAUCGUCAGGGACAUGGGCUCAGAGUAACUCUAAUACCCAAAGUAGUCUUUUUGGAUCAUCAGGAACAUGUCUCCAGAGUAACACUAAUAUCCAAGGUGGUCUUUUUGGAUCCGUAACGCCAGCAACAUCAGCACCGAUACCUGUUAGUGGAGCAGUAUUAAUGGCAAGAAGGCGUGUCCAACCAUCAGACGAAGCAGAAGAAUCAAAGGAAGAGUUAGCCUUUGUCGCCGCAGGUGAUAGUGACCCCGAUAACUCUAUUGUUUUUGAAGAAGGAGCUUGGGAGGAAAGCGGCUUAACAACCACCUAUGAUGUUCCCGGUCUGAAGACACUCGCGCCUUCAAAUUCAACCAGCAAACACAAGAUCUCAAAAAUUGACUUCAAGAAUAUUGCCUUCUCGCACAUCGUCGUUGGCAAACUUCGCCAAGUCGCCUUCCUUAAAGCUCGUCUUCGCAACGCAUCCAGGAUCACGCUUCUAAAGGGGCCUCUCAGCCUUACCCUUGAUGGGUCUUUUCUCGGCCGAUCGACUUUCCCACGCUGUUCUGCCGGCGAGUCAUUCACUUUGCCCCUCGGUGUGGACCCUGCGAUCCAAAUACACUAUCUGAAACCAACUGUCCGGCGCAGCCAGUCGGGCAUCUUCUCCAAGGAGGACAGCAACACAUUUAUGCGCACGAUGGUCAUAACAAACACGAAGCACAACGCACCUGUUGAACUUGUGGCCUUGGACCAAAUUCCUGUCUCUGAGGAUGAGAGACUCAAGAUCGAGAUCACGAGUCCACGAGGGUUAAAGAUUGACGGAGAGAGUGUCUGUACAGGCGUCGGUUUUAAACAGACAAAUUUGGCCCAGGCACCUACGGGAACGACACAGAGCGCGAAAAUGAGUUCAUAUCCAUCUAGUGCCAGGCAGGAAUCAGGGCCCCAGGGGGGUUGGGGCAAGGCCGAAGCUAUGGUGAAAAAGAAUGGGGAGGUGACUUGGAAUAUCAAAUUGAAAGCUGGAUGUGGGGUCAGGUUGUGCUUAGAGUAUGAAGCGUUGUUUCCAGCCGGGGAGGCGGUGGUUAAUUAGAUACAAGGGGCUAGAUUUUCCUG